GAAAGUAGUAUACUAUACUUGAAAGGCCGUUCCGGAACUCACACUUGUGCCAUUUUUUCUUGCCUCACUUGCGUUGAUCAAGGAGGACGAGAAUCUGAACUGAAAAGUGUUGCUACCGAUACAUCUAACAGACCCGGUCCGGGCAGGCAUGCCUGGAGCCAACCGUGUAGGUUCUAAGCCAAACUCUGCGUCGCUGAGAAUUCCCUCGAUCUAGAUCAACUCGAAUAAAUCAGAUAGAAGUCAGCCGCAAAAAGUUAGAAUGGCAAAAUCGGGGAUCUGAUUCCCGAUCCUGAUUUCGAGUCCUCCAAUCCUGCGCUGAUUCGUUCCGCAUAUCUAUAUCACCAGUCACUCACAAGUGGGUUUCUUCUUCCCCGUUCUCCACCUUCAUAUUCACUUCUGCAUCCAAAAUUAUGAUUGUCCUCUCUGACCACCAAAUUCAAAAUCACCGUACUUUGGGCCUGGUGAACGAUCGCUGUAUCAUGAUCACGAUGACCUAGUAUUCAUUGCAAGAUUAUCCCUUGCCCACGUCACUUAUCUCUCCUGUGUGUUCAAAGAGAUACUAAUUCAUGAGAAGGCGAGAGUCGCUAUGCUGCGGAACCCUUGUACUGUCAGCUAUCUGGGCUCAGACACGCUAUGUCUACUUUCUAUUCGUUCGGUACUUGACUCUGACAUUCGUGUAUAGCAGGAUGGGCUCCAACAGAUCGCUGCAAGGACGCAAACCCGACGCACAGUUUGCAGCCACAUGCACGCAACGCUAUGAUGGCGCGACUCCGAUAAUGUGUACUCGAGGCCUUCUGAAUUGAAGCUCCCAUUCUCUAUUUCUCCACUCCUUGCUCAGCACCUCUUGUCCUUGUUAUGCUUUUU